AUGCCAGCGAGGGCGGAGGGAGAAGCCCCGGCAGUGGCGGUGGGUGAGGAGAUACAAGCUCCAGCGGGAGCCGCUGGUGGAGACGGCCCUGCCCAAAACACCCGUAACCACCGCGUGGCCUCUCCGGCAGGACCAGCGGAUUCCACCAUCCUCCCAUUGAGGACGAUUGGACCCCCUGAUGAGCAUGGCAAUCAGCCUCUCCAAUAUUGGCCCUUUGCCACUAGUGACCUUUAUAACUGGCAUACCCAGCAUGCCAAGUUUUCUGAUAAUCCCAGAGAUCUAAUCCAAUUGUUAGAAACUGUCUUGUUCACCCAUCAGCCCACCUGGGAUGAUUGUCAACAGCUCCUCCAGAUCCUGUUUACCACAGAGGAGCGAGAAAGAAUCCAAAAUGAAGCCAGGAAAUUGGUUCCUGGUGACAAUGGUCAACCCACCACCAAUGUUGACACCAUCAACACUUCCUUUCCCUUGUCCCGACCCGAAUGGGACUUCAAUACGGCAGAAGGUAAAGAGAGACUCCGGGUUUACUGCCAGACUCUGCUGGGAGGUCUCAAAGUGGCUGCUCGGAAGCCCACCAAUUUGGUCAAAGUAGGAGAUGUUCAGCAGGGCAAAGAUGAAAGUCCAGCAGCCUUUCUAGAGAGGAUCCUAGAGGCCUUCAGCAGAUUUACUCCCAUGGAUCCAGAAGCCGUGGAGGCUAAGGUGGCUGUCAUUAUGCAUUUUGUCAAGCAAGCUGGACCAGAUAUCAGGAGAAAGUUACAAAAAGUAGACAGAUUAGGAGAAAAAAAAAUUCAGGACUUAGUGGCAGUGGCAGAUAGAGUAUAUAACAAUAGAGAGACUGCAGAAGAAAAACAGGCAAAGGCUGGUGAUCGGCAAACUAGGAACCUAGCUCAGAUCCUUCUUGCUACCACUGUGGGAGAGCCAAAGGAAGGUGAACGUCAUCUGAGAAAGAUUGCAACAGAAGGACAAGGUAAGGGGGAAUAUAGAGAUCGCCCCCGAUUGGGAAAGAACCAGUGUGCUUAUUGCAAAGAGGAAGGCCAUUGGGCCAGAGAAUGCCCUAAAAAGCCGGGAAGUCACCCCAAGGCCCCCAUCCUGGUUAUAGAUGAACUGAGUGACUAGGGGAGAUGGGGUUCAGCACCCCUCCACAAGCCCAGGGUAACCCUAAAAGUGGAGGGGAGACCUGUUGAGUUCCUAGUGGAUACAGGAGCUCAACAUUCGGUCCUACUUGAACCUCAUGGCCAUGUUUCUGAUAAAAAUUCCUGGGUUCAAGGAGCCACAGGCAUGAAAAAAUAUUCAUGGACUACCCAAAGAACGGUAGACUUGGGAGUGGGCCAGGUAACCCACUCGUUCAUGAUCAUUCCCGAUUGCCCGUACCCAUUACUCAGGAGAGAUUUGCUCACUAAGUUGGGAGCCCAAAUUCAUUUCCAACCAGGGGGUACAGAAGUCCUUAAUCAAGAAGGCAAACCAAUCCAAGUGUUAACUGUAAGCAUAGAAGAUGAAUAUCGGUUACAUCAAGGGCCAUCUCCACCAAGCCCUGAGAUGGACAAAUGGCUUGCAAUGUUCCCGCAAGCCUGGGCUGAAACUGGGGGCAUGGGGCUGGCUGUACACAGACCACCUAUAUAUAUAGACUUAAAGCCAGGAACAGACCCUGUCCAUGUCUGCCAAUAUCCUAUGUCCCUAGAAGCCCGACAGGGAAUAACCCCACACAUUAGGAGGUUACUAGCACAAGGGAUACUAAGGCCUUGUCAAUUGGCCUGGAAUACCCCCUUGUUACUGGUGCAGAAGCCACACUCAAAUGACUACCGACCAGUACAGGACCUCCAUGAAGUGAAUAAGAGGGCUAUGGACAUUCACCCCACGGUACCUGACCCUUAUACCCUUUUGAGUUCCCUGCCACCGAGUCAUCAAUGGUAUACAGUCCUAGACCUGAAAGAUGCCUUCUUCAGCCUUCUGUUGGUGCCCAAGAGCCAACACAUCUUCACCUUUGAGUGGAGGGAUCCUGAACAAGGCCUCAAUGGACAGCUAACUUGGACUCGACUGCCUCAGGGGUUCAAAAAUUCCCCCACCGUCUUUGACGAGGCUCUACAUGAAGACUUGGGUGAGUUCCACCUUCAAAACCCCCAGCUAACCUUGUUACAAUAUGUAGAUGAUCUUCUCAUAGCAGCUGAAACCCAGGAGGUCUGCCUUGAGGGAACUAAAGGACUCCUGGCCACCAUCGGAAAGUUGAGGUACCAGGCGUCAGCCAAAAAGGCCCAAAUCUGCAAGUCUGAAGUGAGCUACUUGGGUUACAUACUUAAAAAGGGACAGAGAUGGCUGUCUGGCACCAGAAAAGAGACAGUUCUUAAAAUACCUGCGUCCAACUCCCCUCGAAAAGUCAGAGAAUUCUUGGGGUCAGCUGGCUUCUGCCACUUAUGGAUACUGAGGUUCGCAGAACUGGCAAGAUCCCUUUAUGAGGUAACUAAAGACAAUCAGACCUUCCAAUGGACUGAAAAACUACAGAAAUCAUUUGAUCAGAUAAAGACCUCCUUGCUGUCGGCGCCUGCUCUGGGCCUGCCGGAUAUAACCAAGCCCUUUCACCUGUAUGUUGAUGAGAACAAAGGCGUCGCUAAAGUGGUAUUAGUCCAAUACCUAGGGCCAUGGUGCCGCCCAGUGGCGUACCUAUCAAAAAAACUCGAUCCAGUUGCGUCCGGAUGGCCCCCAUGUUUGAGGAUGACCGCGGGAGUGGCCCUGAUGGUCAAAGAUGCUGACAAGUUGACACUGGGCCAAGAACUGUACGUGACCACCCCCCACGCUAUUGAGGGAGUCCUAAAACAGCCUCCGGAUCGAUAGCUCAGUAACGCCCGCCUGACCCACUACCAGAGUUUAGUCCUAAACCCAGCCCAAGUUGUUUUUCAGACCCCGGCUGCCUUGAAUCCAGCUACACUGUUGCCAGACCCGGACUUAGAAACUCCACUCCACGACUGUGCUGACAUCCUGGCUCAGGUACAUGGGACUUGAGCUGAUCUGAGAGACCAGCCAUGGCCAGAUGCUGAAAAUACCUGGUAUACUGAUGGGAACAGCUUUGUUCAGGAUGGCUGCAGGUACACCGGGGCAGCUGUGGUGACAGAGACUGAGGUCAUUUGGGCGGAACCAUUGCCCACCGGGACCUCGGCACAAUGGGCGGAGCUCAUAGCUCUGACCAAAGCAUUGACUCUGGGGCAGGGCCAAAAGCUAAACAUAUAUACAGACAGCCGGUAUGCCUUUGCCACCGCGCACAUCCAUGGGGCCAUCUACAGGGAGAGAGGACUAUCGACGGCAGAGGGAAGGACUAUCAAAAAAGAAGAGAUCCUUGCCCUUUUGACGGCCCUCUGGCUACCAAAGAAAUUGGCCAUUAUUCAUUGCCCAGGGCACCAAAAAGGCGACACUCCAGUUGCUAGAGGAAAUAACCUAGCUGAUCAGACAGCCCGAAAGGUAGCCCUAGAGGCUGAUUUAACCCUAACCAAUCAGCUGCCUGAUCCAGGAAGUGCUGCCUUGCCAGAAAAACUCCAGUAUACUGAAGAAGACUUAAGGUGGAUGAAACAAUUACCUAUGCCCCAGUGCCUCAAUGGGUGGUGGAAAUCCUCUGAUUGUAAAGUCAUCCUGCCUGAAGCACUAGGAGAACAAGUUCUCUCCAAAAUGCACUGGGCCACCCACAUGGGCACUCGAAAAAUGCAAGACCUCCUGAGACAUGCUGAAAUAAAGAUUCGAGAUGCUAACUCCAAAAUUGAGCAUAUCGUUGCCACCUGCAAAGCCUAUCAAUUGACAAAUGCUACCCACAAUAAAGCCAACCCAGGCAAUAGGCUGAGAGGAAACCGACCUGGAGCAUACUGGGAAUUGGACUUUACUGAGGUAAAACCUGGGAGAUAUGGUUACAAGUAUCUGCUAGUUUUUGUAGAUACUUUUUCAGGAUGGACAGAGGCCUUCCCCAUCAAACAUGAGAUGGCACAAGUUGUGGCUAAGAAGUUACUAGAAGACAUCUUGCCAAGGGUACACAAUUCUCCCUAUAAGAUGGGACUGACUCCCUUUGAAAUCAUGUUUGGUGUACCCCCUCCCAUUAUCCCUAAUCCUCAGUCCAAAGUGCUCACUGAGCUCGAUGAUCAAAAACUGUUAUUUUCCUUAAAAAGCCUCCAGCAUGUUCACGAGGACAUCUGGCCUAAAUUAAAGGCCCUGUAUGAGUCCGGACCACCUCCCGAGCCCCAUCGCUAUCAACCAGGAGACUGGGUCUUUGUCCGGAGACAUUGA